AUGUACAGCCCACCCGCCGCCCCAACAGCGCGUCCCGACCGCAGUGGCCACUUGCGCUUCGCCGGCCGCGCGCCCAACGCGUCGACUGCUCCGACGGCCUCCGCGUCGCCGCCCGCGUCACCGGCCGCGCGGCAGUCGCUCACGCGCGACGCGCUCUGGGGCUUUGACGACGCACUGGCGCAGUCGCUGCGGGCGCUCACGUGCGCGCCGAACGCCACUGCCACAGAGAAGCGGCCGCGCAGUUUCUCGGACUACGCGUCGCGCUGGCGAGCGCACGGCGAGCGCAGUGAGCUCGGGGCGCUCUGGGACGCCAUGAGGACGGACCGUACGUCGCGCCACGUUGUCGUGCGGUGCGGCGCGGGCACGUGGGACGCGGUGGACGUGCGUCGCGUUGUGGACCGCCUGAACAACUUUGGGAGUGUGGCGAGAACGUGUCGCGCGUUGACGGCGCACGGACUGCUGUUUUGCACCUUUUUUGACCUCACGAGUGCCGUCGCGGCGGUCGACCGCUGGCGCGCAGACGCCGACGUCAUCAGCUUUUGUCUGCCGUACGAGCUCCCGGACGACAUCAACUCGGCCACACUGCUCGUGCGGUUCACGCUCCGUGCUGGGCCACCUGUGACAGCCUCAGCACUGCGCCACGUCUGCGCGUGUUUUGGCCAAGUGGCGAGUGUGUUGCAGGCUGACCCGCAGGUCGCCAAGUACAUUGUCGAAUACAGCGACUCGCGCGCGCUGCCCGCAGCGCUCAAUGGGCUGCACCGCGCGCUCAAUGUGAGCGGGUCGCUGUCUGUCGCUCGCACGACGCCGCCGACGUUGGACUUCGUCAAGCUCAAGCUUUUCCAGGAGUGCUUGAAUUGGGCGGCGACCACGCACCCUCGAGUCACUAGGGCUCGCCCCAAGAGCUUCUCAUCGAGUACCACGUCGCUGUUGACAUCGCCGACGUCGUCUGUCGCGUCGUCGCUCAACGCGUCCUUCUUGGAUAAUGCAAGUGCGAACAGCCCAAUGACGCCCGGCACUUCGGCCGAGCUCUCUAGUAGCAGAGAGAUCGCUUCUCCUGUGCUCAUGCCUCAGACAGAACAGCACAUUUGGGCAAGGCCGGCGCCGCGAGGCAGGAGCCAUUCUUCGUCUUCGUAUCGUGGCGGCUCUCUGUCAUCGAGCAGCUUUGACGGAUCUCAGACGAGCUCCACGAAGUUGUCAAUUUCGUCCCCAUGUAGCACAGGCGAUCGUGCAAACGACUACUCGCUCUUUCGGGCAGCUCAUCGAUUGCAACCCUUGAACAGCAUGUUGGUAGCUGCGAUCCUUUUUGUCAAUCUGGCGCAGCUCGCAGUGGCGGACACGUUAGCGAUCAUGGCGGCAGCACUGUAG